UGACCACGUGCUGCUAGUGUGACAUCGCGGCGAGUUCGGAAGAAGAAGACGCGAUCCGGUCGCGUCUGAGGCAACGGCCCGAAAACGGCGUCUCCAGCAAUGACCCAGCACAGCGACGCAUCCAGCGACCACUCCGAGGUCUCCGUUACGCCACCGCCGCCACCCGUCUCCAAGAUGUUGGAGUUCGCAUCUCAACAGAACCUUUCCUUUCUCAAUCUCGAGCAUCGCAAUAUGCUCGCGGCGCCGCUGGCCGCUCUCCACUCUAUGACGGAGAUGAAACAACAGCCUCAUCAGAAUCACCAGCCGCACCAGCCUCACCAACCUCAUCAACCCUCCAAUCAUAACCAAUCCUCCGACCAGGUCGAGAAAUCCGAAACCGACCUUCUCCUCGAGCACACGCGUUCGGGUUUAUCCUCGAGGAGUCCCCUCGGGGCGACAUCCAACAGCAACAGCUCCCAAGGAGCCAAUCCCCACGGCAUUGACCACAUCCUUUCGAGGCCCUCGCAGAUCACCACAGGUCCGCUGCACUUUCCCCACGGGCUCGGUUUCUCCCAAAACGCGUUGGGAAUGGCCGCGAACGCUUCGCAGAGUACCUCCAACUCAGGUCUACGCGGUUUCAACAUCGCCGCGGCCGCUUUCUUUCAUCACCACGUCGCCAAUUCCGUUAACAAACCUCCCAUGGAACUUGGCAGAACGACCGGAGGAUUGUAUUGGCCCGGCUUUCAAGGUGUCGUUUCCAACCCCAUCGCGUGGAGAGAUAGACUUAAUUCCAUGAACCAAAACUCGCUGGGCGGCAUUGGACCCGAUAAGGACGCCAAGAAAAAGCAUACGAGGCCGACGUUCUCCGGACAACAGAUAUUCGCAUUAGAGAAGACAUUCGAACAGACUAAAUACUUGGCUGGACCAGAAAGAGCUAAGUUAGCUUAUGCACUUGGAAUGACUGAAUCACAAGUUAAGGUGUGGUUUCAAAACAGACGUACAAAAUGGCGGAAAAAGCACGCUGCGGAAAUGGCGACGGCGAAGAGGAAACAGGAAGUGUUGGAUAAUCAAACCGACGAUAAUAGCGACGUCAUCUCGGACGCGGAAGAAGAUCACAUGGCGAAGAGACAGAACUUACAGUGACCGAUUGCUGAUGAUGUAAAUACUUUCUAAAAGAGACGUUGUUUGUACAUAAGGAAAACCGGAAACUAGUGUUUUGUGAAUGUUCGGUCGAACAAUUUCCACGUCGACGCCUUGUAUAAAAGUGUUAAUAUAUAUAAUAUAAUCUACACGUGAAAUAUAUGUAUACGUAUAUACAUUGCUAGUUAGUGUUAAUUUAUCACUCGUAACGUUUAAAUUUCGAGGUAAUGAACACUUGAGAACCGUAGUUCAGUAUUAUGUAUUAAUAUGCGACGUUAUCACCUUAUAUUUGAUCGAAAACGAAACGAUGAACGUACAAUUCAACUUGUAAUUGUUGCUUCUUUUGUUCCGUUAAAAGGUCGAGAAAUCAGGGACACGUCUUGUACAUAAAAGUCUAAGAAUAGAGUGUCAACUUAAAAAGCGCGGUCAUUUUUGCCGAGUUUAUUUUGCAGGUCAUAGUUAAGAACCGCCUCGUUUUAAGGACCUUAAACCGAUUGUGCAAUCUAUUUAUUAUAUAGUCGCAGGAGCAAGCUAAAUUAUGUACUAUAUUAAACAAAAGCCAUUGUAUUUGUAAUA